AUGCCCAUCCUCUCUACUGAACUUUUGCUCACAGAAGAAGAAAGGCGCAGGGCCUAUACGAUUAUGGGGUAUUUUAUCAAUGGCUUUCUGUUCGGAAGUUCCCCUCCACCGAAGCGGCUACCAUUGAGUAUUUCUCAGCCGAUGAUUGAACUAUCAACUUAUUUUGAUUUGCCGCCGGUUCCCACAUACGCGGGACAAGUUUUAUGGAAUUAUCGUCGGAUUGAGGACGACAACAUGCCUUUACAAAAGAGAAAUACCCAACCGUUAGUAUCCUUCACUGGUUCCCCAGAGGAAGCAGGCUUUUUCGGGAUUGUUUUGUCCAUUGAGGAGUGUGGGGUUCCACUGAUCUCGAUAUUGCUUGAGGCCAUUGAGGCCACUUGUGAUCAUGAUACGGAACAGCUUAUUGCCUGCCUCCAACAGGCGACUAUAACCUUGACCGAUAUGACCUCCAUUUUACCACGCAUGUACCGCGAUUGUAGCCAGAGUUUCUUUUACCACAAACUCCGACCAUUCCUGGAUGGGACCAACAGCCUUUCCUCAGUAGGGCUCCCUAAUGGGGUGUUUUUCGAAGAGCAUAAUGGUGGGCAAUACCGUAAGCAUUUUGGACCAAGCAAUGCCCAGAGCUCGCUCUUUGCUUUGGUCGAUAUUAUACUAGGCGUGAAGCAUGAUCAGGAAUGCUCUGUGAAGGAGAACAGCGGUCAGCAGUCACCCAAUUAUGCUGAACGAAAGGUUACUGAGCAGGAAAUGCGAUUAUAUAUGCCCCGAAAACACCGCGAAUUUUUGGCUGAGGUGGAGCGGAUGCCACAUAUCAAGGAUUUUGUCCGGUCACAGCCGGGAGACGUUCGGCUGAAUUCCACAUAUAAGAAUUGUCUUUCUGCGCUCCUAGAGCUCCGGCGAGCACACAUACGGAUGGUAGCAAGAUACAUCGUUAUCAUGGCCAAGCACCAACAAUCACCGAUGGUGGUUAAGCCUGAUUCAACACGCGGCGAAGCAACGGCAGCGGGCACAACUGGUACUGGAGGUACAAAUGCAAUGGAGUUUCUAAAGUCUGUUCGAGAUUCUGUGGUUCAGGCGAGAGAUCUUUAG